UAAAUAUAAUAACCAAUUUAGAGGAAUUUGAAAAACAAUUUAAAGAAAAAUAAACUGGAAAAUUAAAAAAAAAAAAGACAAUUUCUUUUUGCAAAUUAGAUAGAUGGCAGUGUAAGACGGAGUCUGUCUGUCUGUUUUAUAGAAAAAUGGCCGAUUGUAAGGAUAGUAUCGAAAAAACCAAUGGACCUGAAUCAACAACCAAUAUGAAAUAUGACACUCCCGAGGAAUCGAGUGAAAAUUCCGCUAAUGAGGAAGUUGAGAGUCAGUCAACGGAUAAUGAUUCAGAAGCACCUUUAAGUCAAACAUUUAAUAAAGGAGUGAUUAAAGGUAAUUUAUUAGCGUCGUCAAAAUUGGGAAGUUCCUUUGCAUCAUGCGACGUUCCAAACUAUAUAAAAACCAAAUCUUCUCUAUUAAGACCAUCACAAUUAAAUUCCGUGGCUAAUAAUCCAGGACCAUCGACGAAAAUUGUCCUACAACCGGCAAAAUUUCACAAUCCAUUCGCAAAAUUAACUGAUAGUGUAAUAGAAGGUGAAACGGAAAUAUCAACAGACACUUGUAAUGAGAAAAAUAAUGAAAAACCAUUAGUGGAUGUGAAACCAACAUUUUUACCAUUAGGUGCAAGUUCAAAGGAAAAUGAAAAUAGUUUAAAUAGCACAGUAACAGCAAGUUCAUCGGCUUCCAGCUUUGUUUUUGGACAAAAUUUAAAAGAACGAGUAACAGUUGUACACGAUGGUGAAACAUCUGAUCAAUCAGUAAAUGAAGAAAUUGAAGAAACAAAUGAAAAUGGUUCUUCUGAAUUAUUAUUUUCAAAUGUUACUGCAGUAUCGCGAAGUACAAGUCGUCCUGGUUUAACAUUAACUCAAGCAGCACAGGAAUUGGAAGAGGCAACAAGAGCAAAUAAACGAAAAUAUAAUGAAGUUGCAUUACUCACUGGCGAAGAAGGGGAGACAAAUGUAUUACAGAUAAAUUGCAAACUUUUUGCAUUCGACAAGGUGAGUAGUAGUUAUAAAGAAAGAGGGAGAGGGACACUUAGAUUGAACGAUCGAGAUGAUGAAUCUCGUUUAGUUAGUCGCACGGCUGGUACGCAGCGAUUAAUUCUCAAUACAAAAGUAUGGCCCGGUAUGACUGCUGAGCGAGCUGGUCCAAAAUCAUUGAGGCUAACAGCAAUGGACAUUCAUGGUGAUCUUCGAAUUUUCAUUGUACAAGCAUCGCCGAAGGAAAUUGAUUUACUUGAAGAUCAUUUAACGCAACGGCUAAAACGAGCCAAGGAACGUCAACCAAAACGACAAGCGACAGAUCAGUGACAAUUGUUCGACAUUCAUUGUGAAAUAACAAAUUUUAAAAUCAUGUACUCUUCUACUUACACAAUUAGCCGUGAAUUGGACGCAUUUAUGCGUUAAAGCUCAUUUGACCUAUGGCUUUAUUUAAUUUAAAGAACGUUUAUUUACAUCGUUUAAGUCAUCGAUUGCUAUUCAGGUAUAUUAUACUUUUUUUUUUUGAAAUAAUUUUUUCGUCAUUUUUUUUUUUUUCUUUCUUUUAUAUAUAUUUUUUUUCAAAUCUUUCUAUUUUUUACUUAAGAAAUCGGAGGGCUCGUAAAGUAAUUUUUUUUUUGUGAGAUAGGAAUACAAAUAGAAUAAAGAUUUUGAAUUGUAGCAUAAUAAUAUAAAUUAUAAAAUAGCUUGUAUGAGGAUCAACGUAGAAACUUGGAUCUCUCGUUAUUGUAUUUGUGAAUUUUUCUGACGGCUAGAAAUUUCAAUUAAAAACAUACGUUAAAUACAUCUUUAUAUUGUAUAAUAAUAAUAAUAAUAAUAAUAAUCUCGCAUUAUCGUUUACGAAAUUUUGCAGAAUUGAAUUUUAAAAAGAAAAAAAAAAAAACAUCUAAAUGCAAUUAGACUGAAAUAAUUUUCUAAUAAUUUUCUAAAUUAGAGCAUGAUUGACAAAUUAAUUUGUUUCAUUUAUAUUAAAUCGACUCUCAAAAAUCUCUUUAAUUUAGUAAAAAAAAAAAAAGUUGCCAAUUAUUUUUUACUUCAAUUACUGAAUAAUUAGCAAAUUAAAAUUAAAUAAAGAAAAAUCUUAUUAAACUAAUAUUCGUAAAGAGGAAAAGAAAGGAAACUUUCUUUUUUUAAUAUUCAAUUUCAUUAUAUCAAUUAAUCAUCGACUGUAAAUACAGUUAAAUAUUAAAACACAUUUUUAUCUAUGAAUUUUCUAUUCUAUCUUUUGUCUUUGAAAAAAAAAAAUUUAAUUUAACGUAUUGUUGAUUAAAAAUAAAAUAGUUUAGAGUAAUAUUUUUUAUUAUUAUUUGCGAGAUAAAAAUAAUUGACUACAGUUUGAUUUUCAGAAUUUUUUUUUGAAAAAAGCAUUAUGUCAAAUGCAUUAUUAAUUUUUUUUUUAGCUGUACAUAAAAAUAUAGAUAUAGUAAUAAUAAAUACAUAUGGUGAUACUUCUUUAUUAGCUGGAGAGAUUCAUUUUUGCGAGUCAUUACCGUAUAACGAAUGAUUUAGUAUAAUUUAGUUAUUAUUUAGUAAGAUGAUCAUUCUUCACCCGUGUAAUAAAUUAUAUGAACGUGUAAGUGCUGCUGUGAUUUCGAUUCACAAUAUAGUACUUUGGUUGCAUAAAUAUACAAUUAUUUGCAUAAAAGUUA